AUGAAGUUCGAGAUUCUCCGUACAACCGGCAGAGCACGUCAUGGUCUCUUAUCAUUGCCCCACAGUGAAGUCAAAACACCUGUGUUUAUGCCGGUGGGGACUCAAGGAACGAUGAAGGGUGUGUUACCCGAGCAAUUGAUUGCUAUGGAUUGUCGAAUUCUUCUGUGUAACACAUACCACCUUGGACAUCGACCUGGACAUGAACGUGUUCAAAAAGCCGGGGGACUACAUAAAAUGAUCAAUUGGCCGCGAUCAAUAUUGACAGAUUCCGGUGGAUUUCAGAUGGUAUCAUUAAGUAAGCUGAUGUCUGUGGACGAAAACGGCGUCAACUUUGAAAGCCCUCAUACAGGAGAGUUGAUGUCGUUGACGCCAGAAAUGAGUAUUGAGAUACAACAGGCUCUGGGUGCCGAUAUUAUGAUGCAGUUGGAUCAUGUCGUUCAUGUUCUCACAACUGGCGACAUAGUCAAGGAGGCCAUGGAGAGGAGUGUCAGGUGGUUGGAUCGUUGUGAGAAGGCGCACACCCGAACGGAUCAAGCGCUCUUUCCUAUAGUACAGGGUGGUUUGGAUCUUGAUCUGCGCAAAAUAUGCACCGAAGAGAUGGCUAAACGAGCAAAGGUAGGUAUCGCUGUGGGAGGUCUAUCCGGAGGAGAAGAGAAAGCGCAGUUCUGGCGAGUCGUAGCAGCUUGCUGCGAGGCAUUACCACGUCAUCUUCCUCGAUACGUGAUGGGUGUUGGUUUUCCUGUUGACUUGGUGAUCUGCUCUUUGUUGGGUGCCGAUAUGUUUGACUGUGUCUACCCAACCAGAACGGCUAGGUUUGGCACUGCACUGGUCCGUCGAGGAGGCCGAGGAGGUUUGAUGCAUUUGAAUCAGAAGCAGUUUGCCGAAGAUUUUAAGCCGAUUGAAGAGGAUUGCGAUUGUAAUACGUGUAAGACAUACACGCGGGCCUAUCUUCACAUGAUAGUAAAUAAGGAAACAGUAGGAUGUCAUCUGGUCUCCGUGCACAACAUUAGGCAUCAGCUCCGUCUUAUGGAAGACGUUCGAGAUGCCAUCGAUACCGGUAAAGUACAAGAGUUCCUGGAUAAGUUUCUGAAAGAUUCUUUCCCCGCGGAACCAAUUCCACAAUGGGUUCAAGACGCUGUUGAUUUUAUGGGCUACAAGCUCCCUGGUUAA